AGUUUUCGAGCACCACUGUCCUCCCGUUCCCUCCAUUCCUCUUGUGGCUCCUGACGGGGAAGAGAGCACACGCGCGUUCUCUUCUUCCCUUGCGCCUUGUAAAAUCGAACGAAGCAUAGCACAAUUCCUUUCUGUCUUGGGCAGAAUGUGGGGUGAGAGAGCAGCCAUGGCGCUGUGCCUCGCGGCAGGAGGGUUGAGUGGAGUUCUCGCGGAGGCCGAUGAUGCAACCAUCACAGCUUCAAGCAGCAGCAUGUUCACCCUGCAGAAUGUGCUGUUCGGCCUGCUAGCUGCCACGUUGGGACUGAUUCUGCUGUUGAAUCUGAAAGGGAAGAAGCUAAAAUUGCCUCCCGGCCCUCCCGGCAUUCCCAUUUUCGGCAAUUGGCUUCAAAUUGGAGAUGAUCUAAAUCACCGAAAUUUGGCUGAGUUGGCCAAAAAGUAUGGAGAAGUGUGCAUGCUGAAGAUGGGCCAGAGAAAUUACGUCAUUGUGUCUAGCCCUGAAGUUGCCAAGGAGGUUCUUCACACCCAGGGCGUGGAAUUUGGAUCCCGCACCAGAAAUGUUGUUUUCGACAUCUUUACAGGAAAUGGACAGGAUAUGGUGUUCACAGUCUAUGGAGAGCACUGGAGGAGAAUGAGGAGGAUCAUGACUGUUCCCUUCUUCACCAACAAGGUGGUCAUGCAGUCUCGAUUCGCCUGGGAGGACGAAAUCAAUCAUGUUAUCAAGGACCUGACCGCUAGUAAGGAGGCCUCUACCACCGGUGUGAUCAUAAGAAGAAGGCUGCAGCUCAUGAUGUACAAUGUUAUGUAUCGCAUGAUGUUCGACAGAAGGUUUGAGACAGUGGACGAUCCCCUAUUCGUCAAGCUGAAGGCCGUGAACGGAGAGAGGAGUCGCCUAGCUCAAAGCUUUGAAUACAACUACGGUGAUUUUAUCCCCAUCUUGAGACCAUUCCUUCGAAAGUAUCUUGCCUAUUGCCAGCAGCUGAAGGACAAGAGGCUGGCCCUGUUCAAGGAAUAUUUCGUCGAAGAGCGCAAAAAGGUAUUGAGCACACGAGGAUCAGGCGGUGGCGAGAAAGCAGCUAUUGAUUACAUUUUUGAAUCCGAGCAAAAGGGAGAGAUAAAUGAAGAUAAUGUAUUGUAUAUCGUCGAGAACAUCAAUGUUGCUGCUAUUGAGACUACCUUGUGGUCCAUCGAGUGGGGAGUGGCUGAGCUGUGCAACAACCCUGACAUUUUCAAGAAAUUAAGGAAUGAGUUGGAUUCUAUCCUCGGUCGUGGACACUUGGUCUCCGAGCCCGAUCUCCCUCAACUGCCGUACCUCGGCUCUGUGGUGAAAGAAGUCAUGCGACUACACAUGGCCAUUCCCCUUCUUGUGCCCCACAUGAAUCUACAUCAAGCUAAGCUUGCAGGUUAUGAUAUACCAGCAGAGAGCAAAAUUCUCGUCAACGCAUGGUGGAUAGCAAACAACCCCGAACACUGGGUUGAACCUGAGAAAUUCAACCCUGAGCGCUUCAUGGAUGGCAAAAUCGAAUCCAGCGGGAAUGAUUUUCGCUUCCUUCCUUUCGGAUCUGGGCGCAGAAGCUGUCCGGGUAUCAUCAUCGCCAUUCCGCUGUUGUCCUUGGUCCUAGGUCGGCUUGUCCAGUCAUUUGACUUGUAUCCACCUCCAGGGGUUGAUAAGAUUGAUAUGACGGAGAAAGGAGGACAAUUCAGUCUUUUCAUCAAGACUCAUUACAACAUGGUUGUUAAACCGAGGGCUGAUUGAAGCAAGUAUAGAGCUCACCAAGAAUAGAAACUGAUGAUGACUAGAAUAUAGAACAAUCAGGAAGCAGAACUUCUCAACCGACCUGAAGCUGUAUAGUUGUGCUGGGGAUCUUAGGUGGUGAUCUGUUUCUUGAAUGGAGGAGUUAUCAGAAUAGACACGACCCUCCAAGUAUCUCCUUUUGUGAAAAGUAGGCACAGUAGAGUCUAGACGAACUAAUUAGAAAAGAACCUUCAGUAAGGAGGAAUAACGUCUUCCGUUUUCAACUCGAUUUUUUUUGUCGAAGGUCUAUAGCUGUAGCAUCCUGCAAAGGGUUCGCUUUCCCCUCCCCCUCCUCAACAUCUGGUCUGGCUGCCAAUUGCUGCUAGGGUUGAGUAGAUUGAAAAUAAUCUAUACCUGUCCGCCGUUCACUCUACUGCAAGCGUUGCUUUCGAGGCUUUUUCUAGCGUACUUAUCGUAUUUUCAUGAUCUUUGCGUGUUGAAAAUUUUCUCUGCUCCGUUCCGUUCCGUUCACGAUAUGUUUUUGUCGAAUUUCGCAAUCCGUAGAUCUGAAUUGCG